AGCAUCUGAAAUGAAUGAGUUGCAGACAAUAAUGAGUGGUCAAGAUUUAAACAUGCAAUUUUUUAAUGAUAUGAACCAUUCAUUGAAGUGUGUUUUUGCACAUUUAAAAGUCGAAGAUCUAAUAAUUGCAUCCAGGGUGUGUUCUUCUUGGAGCUGUAUUGCUUUGGAUCCAUGUUUGGUAAGAACAAUUUUGAAUUGUGAAAUUGAUAUUGAAAGACUAAAUAAAAUGGUAUUAUUUGUGUAAACUAUUUCUGUUUAUAUAAUGUAGAUUAUAUUAAAAAUUAGUUUUUAAUAUUUGUUUUAGUUUUUGUUUGUAUAUGGUUUGUAUUUGAUCAUUUUAGACAGUCAGUAUAUAUCAUAGAAGUUAUCAAUGUGUAUAAAUCUGAGCAUUAUAUUUCAAACAAUUUUCUUAUUAUUUUACCAUUGACUUAUUAUUUUAUUUUAAAUUGUUCAUUUUUGUUCUAGUGGAAAAAUGUUGGAUUGCACAAUGUGUUGAUUGGUAACUGGAAGAAUUUG